AUGGAAAAAGAGAAAUUUGAAUACUCAAGAGAGGGUGAAAAGAGUAGUUUAACAAUUGAUACAGGUAAAUUAGUUCAGGAAUUUAAUUCUUUGCCAUAUGAAGAUAUUCAAGGUAAAAAGAAAAUUAUAGAAAAGUUAUUUGGUUCAGUUGGUGACGAUGUAUCAAUAGAACACAAUUUUCAUUGUGAUUUAGGAUUCAAUAUUCAUGUUGGUAAUAGAUUCUAUGCAGGUUAUAAUUUUACAGUAUUGGAUGUAGCAGAGGUUAGAAUUGGUGAUAAUUGUUUAAUUGCACCAAAUGUUGGCAUUUAUACAGCAGGCCACUAUAUAUCACCACCAGAGGAAAGGCAUAAAACAGGUUAUGGUAUACCUAUAACAAUUGGUAACAAUGUUUGGAUAGGUGGUCAUUCUGUAAUAUUACCAGGUGUAACCAUUGGCGAUAACUCUAUCAUUGCCGCUGGUUCUGUCGUUAAUAAAGAUGUUCCAAAAAAUACAAUCGUUGCUGGGAAUCCAGCUAGAAAAAUAAAAGAUAUAACUUCAAAACUUUAA